AUGGAUUGGGGAGCUCUGCAGACCAUCUUAGGAGGUGUAAAUAAACACUCCACCAGUAUUGGGAAGAUAUGGCUCACAGUCCUGUUCAUCUUCCGUAUCAUGAUCCUUGUAGUGGCUGCAGAGAGAGUCUGGGGAGAUGAACAAGAUGAUUUCAUCUGCAACACUCUGCAGCCUGGUUGCAAAAAUGUUUGCUAUGACCAUUUUUUCCCUAUCUCUCACAUCAGACUCUGGGCCCUGCAGCUGAUCUUUGUUUCCACACCUGCGCUGCUGGUGGCCAUGCAUGUAGCUUACAGACGGCACGAGAAGAAAAGGCAGUUCAGAAAGGGAGAUCAGAAAUGCGAAUAUAAAGACAUUGAAGAAAUCAGAACGCAGAAGUUUCGUAUUGAGGGCUCCUUGUGGUGGACAUACACCGGCAGCAUCUUCUUCAGACUGGUCUUUGAAGCGGUCUUCAUGUAUGCGUUUUACUUCAUGUACGAUGGGUUCCGAAUGCCUCGCUUAAUGAAAUGUAAUGCUUGGCCCUGCCCCAACACAGUAGACUGCUUUGUUUCGCGACCUACUGAAAAGACAGUGUUUACUAUUUUCAUGAUUGCUGUGUCCAGCAUUUGCAUUCUGUUAAAUGUGGCUGAGUUAUGUUACUUGUUGGUAAAAUUCUUUCUCAAAAGGUCUAGAAAGGCUGGAAAUUCAAAACAUCACCCCAACCAUGAGAAUAAAGAAGAAACCAAACAAAAUGAAAUGAAUGAGUUAAUAUCUGAUAGCUGUCAGAACACAGUCACAGGAUUUUCAAGUAGCUAA